GACCUUUCAGGCACUGCGGGGACGCCUUUCCGAGGGCUCGGCUCGGUGCGUCCGGGGGCGCGCACGCCUCCCGGCUCCCGGGCCGCAGAGGGGGCGGGGCGGGACGUGCGGGGGCGCGCACGCAUCCGGCUCGCGGUGCGCGCGCAGGUCGGUGCGUCAGUCGGGGGCGCGCUCGGGUAACCUGUACCCCCACGUAGUCGCCGGUUACCGAUCGGACUAAGUUCCAGUGGUGAUUUGCAAGUCAAGCUAAAAUGUCCCCAGAAGUGGCCUUGAACCGAAUUUCUCCAAUGCUCUCCCCAUUCAUAUCUAGUGUGGUCCGCAAUGGAAAAGUGGGACUGGAUGCUACGAGCUGUUUGAGGAUAACUGACUUGAAGUCUGGCUGCACAUCAUUGACUCCUGGACCCAACUGUGACCGAUUUAAACUGCACAUACCAUAUGCUGGAGAGACAUUAAAAUGGGAUAUCAUUUUCAAUGCCCAAUACCCAGAGCUGCCCCCUGAUUUCAUUUUUGGAGAAGAUGCUGAAUUCCUGCCAGAUCCCUCGGCUCUGCAUAACCUUGCCUCCUGGAAUCCUUCAAAUCCUGAAUGUCUGUUACUUGUGGUGAAGGAGCUCGUGCAGCAAUACCACCAGUUCCAAUGCAGCCGUCUCCGGGAGAGCUCCCGCCUCAUGUUUGAGUACCAGACGUUACUGGAAGAGCCGCAGUACGGAGAGAACAUGGAAAUUUAUGCUGGGAAGAAAAACAACUGGACUGGUGAAUUUUCAGCUCGUUUCCUUUUGAAGUUGCCAGUGGAUUUCAGCAAUAUUCCCACAUACCUUCUCAAGGAUGUAAAUGAAGACCCUGGAGAAGAUGUGGCCCUCCUUUCUGUCAGUUUUGAGGACACCGAAGCCACUCAGGUGUAUCCCAAGCUGUACUUGUCACCCCGAAUUGAACAUGCACUUGGAGGCUCCUCAGCUCUUCAUAUCCCAGCUUUUCCAGGAGGAGGAUGUCUCAUUGAUUAUGUGCCUCAAGUAUGCCACCUACUCACCAACAAGGUGCAGUAUGUGAUUCAAGGGUACCACAAAAGAAGGGAGUAUAUUGCUGCUUUCCUCAGUCACUUCGGCACAGGCGUCGUGGAAUAUGAUGCAGAAGGCUUUACAAAACUCACUCUACUGCUGAUGUGGAGAGAUUUCUGUUUUCUUGUGCACAUUGACCUGCCCCUGUUUUUCCCUCGAGACCAGCCAACUCUCACAUUCCAGUCUGUCUAUCACUUUACCAACAGUGGACAGCUUUAUUCCCAGGCCCAAAAAAAUUAUCCAUACAGCCCCAGAUGGGAUGGAAAUGAGAUGGCCAAAAGAGCAAAAACAGAGACCAACCGUGAUGGGGAGGAAUCCAGCUCUGCCUGCCGCCCAGGCAGCCUCUCCAAAUUGCGUAGGGCUUAUUUCAAAACCUUUGUCCCUCAGUUCCAGGAGGCAGCGUUUGCCAAUGGAAAGCUCUAGGAAACACCAGUCUUGAGAGGUGGCCAGCCAGACUGCUGUGUCCACAUGCGUGUCAGCACAUAUGGCCGCUUCCUGGAAGCCGCUUGGAACGCCUUCAUGGUAGCGUUCUGCGCACACAGCAGCUUUGCACGCCCCGCCUGGAGCCCAGACUGAAGCGGGCUGGCGCUAACCUGGAUCCUCGAGCCCCCACCGCUGGUCGCUCCCUCUUUGUUUCCUUCAGUAUACUUCUUAGUUGGAAGAAAUAAAAUCAAAUUCUGACACAGUAUUUUUCCAGGGAAAGUAAGACAUCACAAAUGCACACACCCUUAUUCCAGGAAAGCCUUUGUCUCUGAGACCGUGUUUAAGUCUUAAGAUGAAACCCCCCUUUGCUUUUAUU